ACCAUUUCCCACGUGUAUUUGUUUGAUGUUGUCCUUUUUUCAGACAAGAACUAUCGCAUUGAUCAUCGAACAACUCUCAAAACAUACACAUUUGUCAUGACUAUAGUAUAGAAAGAAUCAUGAACCAAAAUGUAUGCCUAUCCUCUCGUCGUAUCUGUCAGUGCCAAAUAGCGAGAAAUCUCGCGAGACUCUGCAUACGUACUUAAUUUCAAGGAACGAUAACUUUCGCAGAAAAUGGUUUAUUGAUUAGAAAGAUACAUAUCCUGCCUGUGACGGGUAAAGAAGCCGGUGACAAAAAUAAAGGCCAUGCGGGAAAACUGAUAUUGGAGCUAAUGCGAUGUCAUUUAAUUAAAGAAAGUAAUCGAUGGAAGCUGCUCACAGCAGAUUGAUGGAUUGGAUGAGCUAUGCAUUCAAAUCAGGCUUAGCAAUGUAAGGCAGUGGAUCGAUAUUUUAGUUGCGUUUGUUAUAAACAUGUAGCCGAUAUUAGGUCAAAUUGUAACGACGCUUCUUAGUGGCAAUUUGACAGUUGCUUUAGUAAUGAUAAUAUGGAUAUAAGAAAAUGCUUUGCUUUGUAAUAUGUGGUGAAUAUUCAUGAAAAAGCGUUAAAAUGUAUUGAUUGUCUGUCUAAUCUAAUGACUAGAAACCAAAAACGGAUUUUAUCUUCGUGGUAUAGUUGUUCUUCAAGCUUAGUCAAUAUCGGUUUUUACAGACAAAAAAUGGCGUCAAGGAUGGAAACUAGCAGAGAUAAAUUGGAGAAGAAAUUGUGCUAUAGCAAUAUUCUUAAUGCUCAAAACAAUAUUUUAAAUUGUAUUCUUACGAGCUUAUAGACAUUAAAAUUCCACAAAUAGGCCGGUGAUCAAAAUGAUGGAGCGGUGUGCGACACACCAUGGGAAUGUCAUCAAGAAAUAUUGCGCGGAUCAUGACGUUGUUUGUUGUGAAACUUGUAACGUUGUCAGGCAUAGAUCAUGUCCGCACGUUGAUAAACUCCGCCACGUUGGAAAAGGCAUCAAAACAAGUGUUGAAUACAAGACAUCGAAAGAGUCUCUCGAUGAAAUCAUAUCACGUAUGAAACAAGAGAAAGAUGUAAGAAGUAAAAACCUCACUAGUAUUCACCAGCAGAAAGAAAAACUAAUGAAAGAUGUGGAUAAAUUUCAAGACGAGGUCAUCGACAGAAUUAAAGAUCUUGCUAAAACCUCCAAACAACAAAUACGCUCAAAACAUGAAGAGUACAAAAAGGCUAUAGAAACUGACGAAGCGGCCUUAGGAACUGUUAUAUCGUCAGCUACCAAAACACUAGGAAAACUCUCGGCAUACAACGAUUCCAGAGUGUUUGUAAACGUUAAAGCCUGUGAGAAUGCGGUUAAAGAUGGUGAAUCCCUUUUAGAAGAUAUGUCAAAAGAAUGGAUAAAGAAAGAACUGAGAUUCUCAUUCAACCAAGGUCUGAAGGAUAAGAUUGUCAGUUUAGGUCACAUUGUAGAUAGUGUGAAAGAAUAUAAGGCCGAACUAUUCGGACAAUUUAAAAUUAACAAAGAGCAUUGUAACGUAACAGGUGUCUGCGUGAUGGAUAAUGGUACAAUAUUGAUAGCCGAACAUUCAACUUCACUGCUGAAAAGACUCAACGAAAAUUUUACGGUGAGAGAUCUUAUUCCUGUAAACGGUCAGCCCGAUGAUCUUUGCAAAGUAGGACAUUCGGAAGUGGCGCUUUGUCUUGGCAAUGCAGAGAAAAUUCAAUUUGUGUCGAUAGGUCAUACUAUGGAACCGUCCCACUCGUUUGAAUGUGGUAAAGGGGGGAACGGAAUUUCUUGUAAUGACAAUAAUGGAGAAAUAUUUGUAUGUUACAGCACAAGAGUGUGUGCUUACAGCAAAGCGGGAAUCUUGUUAAGGACAUUUGAUAGGGAUGAUAAUGACAAACAGAUACUUUGCUCGUUGAGAAAAAUUGCAUUAAGUGCUAUGAAAGAACUUAUUUUCCUUACAGAUAAGGUUAAUGGGUUGAUAGUGUUGAAUAAGGAAGGGAAAAAGAUGUGGAACUUUAAUGAUCCAGAACUCAAGGAGGCGCGUGGUAUUUGUGUGCUGCCCGGUGAUCUCGUGUUCGUCAGCGGUGCAAGCUCUAACAAUAUCUUACAGAUUGACAAUGAUGGAAAGAAAGAGGGGAUAUUGGUGGGGCCAUCAAAAGGAUUGAACAAGCCUUUAGCUAUGGCAUAUGACGAAGAAAAUUCGAGAAUUAUAGUGGGAUGUGGUUCAAAUGAGAUAUCAGUAUACUCAAUAUCUAGAAAAUGAAAAGAGAAGAGACAUUAAAACAUACGAUUACGAGUAUUAAUACUGGAUGCGUGUUUUCAAUGAGUUUAAGAGCAAAUCCAUUCAUAUGUUGCCUUGUUUACUUAGAAGGUAUUAACAGUUGUUUUAGAUGGUAGUUAUAACGGUGAUUACAAAGUUACUGUAUAAAUGUUGUGCGGGAUUUUCAAAAUUUCGU